UAUGGGUAACUGCAAAUCCUUGUGGGAUCAACUACUUCUUAAACAAAUUACAGGUCUAAAUAUCCGUCUUAACUCAACUGGGCCUGAGGAAAAUCUAACUAGACUAAGGAUCAAAGAAGGCUUCUCUCUUGUUAGUGCUUCAGAAAACAAUUGGCAUGAAAAAAUUCUAGAAGCAUACUCUAGGUUCUAG